AUGAUGAAAAGCCAACUCAUCGCUCGAAUGGGUAUAUGGAACCUGCAAUCUCACCGAAGGGGCCCACUAGCCCUCGAGCAUGCCAACCUUUCCCUGGAAGAUUUGUUCAGCUCGGUGGUCAGCACAAUGCCAGAACCUCAACCGGCAACAAGAUCUGGGCAUGGCCAUAGCCUAUCACUAUCAAGACAGACAGACCAGCGUUUGCCAAAGUCUGUAAGUGCACCAACCGUGCUUACGUUCACCACUAGUCGACCGCCUGAAUUGAAUCGCUUGACAAUCUCAAGUUCGUCGUUAUCACUGUCUGCGCAGGUCCAAUGUCUCGACCAACGUGAGCUCCCUCACCCUGGAUGGGCGCAGACGAGUCCCCGAGCGAUCGAUAUAUUCACAGAUCACCUCAAUGCUCUUCUACACUACUUCCCCCAACGGCUGCUCCUUCAUGAUCGAGUCUUUGAGUCUGAGGCUACAGACACGGUGAGUUCAUGGUGUAUCGACAAACUUUUGAAGCUAGCGGAUUAUCUGUCUGCUGGAGGUCUCUCCCGAGAUUCAUUUGACACAUAUUUGACAUGUUUCACACAUGUCGUGUUCUACUUUCCAACAACUCUAUGCAUGAGCGAAGAUGAAUAUGCAUAUGCCAACGAGCAAUUUGCUGCCUCCUUGUUGCAAAGGAUCAAGGAUAUUUCUUGUCACUUCGCAAUUUUUAGUUUCUUGAUGACAGCAGCUAUCGGUUGCGUUAGAUCUUCUUGCACACUGGAUGAUGCAAGUUGUGCAGGCAGACUCUUACGAAUACUGAUGAACGUGCUGAGCGACUGCACUGAAACAUUCUUAGCACCUAUAACACUACUCUAUCACUAUCAUCGGGAUCUUGAGCAAUUCUGGGCACCCGUCGGAUUUUCUUGGUCGAUCGACCCUGUUCGUCGUGUUACUGAAGAAAAUGUUACAAACAACGCAUUCUCCACAUUGACCACAGGGGCCAAAGAUCGGGAACUAGUAUUUCUAUCCUCUAAGGAGCAGAUUGAAUUUGCUUACCCGACAGACAACUUCUGGGUCGGGUCCAAGUUUUUCGACAUCAGUCACGACAGAAUCGCUAGACAAUUCAUUGGCAAUGCAUUCAUAAGAUCAAAAACCGUCGAAUUCAUCGAAUGGUGCAAGCAAAUUAUCAUACUCAAUCAGAAGACAAUAGAAGACAGACUCAUGGAAGUGCAGCAUAUGAGAUUGGAGUACGAAGAAUUUCAAGACAUGGCUUCACAAUUACUAUUCUGGUCCUUCGUACACGAGAAGAUAUGCAGUGAGGGGACUUGCUCACUUGAUGAUAGUAACUAUGCUUCUUCCAAUGUCUCACGGUUCGGCAUCAAUAUUCCCGAAGCAUUUGCCGUCAUCACAUCGGUCCUGACAAAGAAGAAUCAGUGGCCAAAGACGUUUCGGGAUAUGGCAUCUGGUAGCCUUCAGCCAUCAACUUUCCUCACGUGGGUGCUGCAAAGGCUCCAAACGCUAAAGUCUGAAGAUGGUGUCUUGGAUUUCAUCUACAGAUACUUCAAACGCACACUGCGCCACCAGUCUGGGGGUGUCUGCACCUUACUCCCAAGUGCGGUAUUUCUGGGACGAAAGCACACUCUUACGAUUGCGGAGCAUCUCUUUGAUUGUCCUGCUGGCAAAUGUGUCCACGCCAGGAAUGCUGCGCCCGCACAAGCAGAUGAUAUAAACCUCCAACCCAGUGAUGUUGCAAUGCAAGACAUUGACGACGCUACCUCGACAGCCGAGCAAUCUGGUAUCGUAGAAUACCCUGCAUACCAGACGGCAACAUCGAGAUUGCAGGCCUCGCUGGUGAGCAUGCGGAGGUCAGGGGUCGCUUCUUCGUCAUCCUCAAUGAGUGGUGAACAGCGUGAGUUCCGUUCUUUGGCUCGACAACUACAGCAAGAGGCAUGGCCCUUCAAUAGGGUGAGGAAUCGUGGGAGAGAUGAACGCAGCGCCGAUCAGACUUCAAUCUCAUCACACGAAAGCUGGCGAUUUGAGCGCGUUAGCGGCAUGCCAUGA